GAUGAAAUGUGAUUCGUUAACUGAAACGAGUUAUAGUUCCUACCAGAGACUUGUGGGAAGCAUCUGGGUAGAUUAGUCUGAAGUAUGAGGAACUUUUUUUGAUAAGCUGAGAGUCUUUGAACAAAUAAUUCAACAAUACAAGAAGUCUGCACAGAUUGUGGAUGAGGAGCUCAAUGAAAGAUGGGUGGAUUUUUGCUCUUGGUUUCUGUCUCUUCAUUGCUUGCCUUAGUAAAUCAAGUGCUGACUGUUGAAAACAUUCAGUCGUGCAGAAUUUCAAGAUACAAUAAAGUGGAUCUCUCCAAUCAUAAUCUUACUAAAAUACCAUCAAGCCUGCCUAACGAGACUGAAUACCUGGACCUCUCUUACAACAGGAUUUCAAUGCUCAGCAGUGAAGACCUGGUACUUUUACCCAACCUAUGCAUUUUAAAGUUAAAUCACAACAGCCUGAAACACAUCUCACCAAAAGCUUUUCAGAAAAACUCCAAGUUACAAAUCCUCAACAUCUCCCACAAUUCCCUGAAGAUCAUUCCAGAUCUUAUUGUACCUCAUCUUAGAAUUCUUGACAUAUCGAACAACCUUUAUAAAAGUUAUGCCCUUAGAACAUCAUUUAGUAAUUUUCUGCAACUCUUCAGUCUCACUCUUGGAAGUUCAUAUGCAAGGUCAAUAAAUAUAACUGAUUUUGCCCCUUUGCACACCAUACCUUUAAAACAGCUCACUUUGGGAGAUGGUCUUGGAUUGCAAAGCUAUGAAUCGAGUUCAUUUUCUCAUCUUAAGUCCCUACAACAAAUAACUCUCAAUAUGACAUUUUGUGAAAAGACUGCAAUGUUCCAGAAUAUACUGCAGGAUCUGGAUAAAAUUCAAGUUCAGAGUUUAAGAUUAAUAAAGUUUCUGCCCCCGUUUUGCAAUGUAUCCAGUGAACAGUUUGAGGGGUUAAAAAAAAUGACACACCUGAGCAACUUGACAUUUGUAGACACCUGGUUCAACAGUUCAGUAUUGACAAACCUUCUAUUAUACAUUUUUCAGUCUCCUGUUGAGGUACUGGGAUUUUACAACGUAACAUACAAUGAAGACACAAGUGAUGGUGUUACAUUCUAUGGUAUUCCAGGAUAUAAUGGAACAGACAAACUCAGAGCUCUAAUAUUUGAUUAUGUCCUCCAUUAUCAGUACAGUUACCCUAAUAUUCACAUCAAUGUAUCCUACUUUUCCCAAAUGACUUAUCUGAAAUUUUCUGGCACUGGUAUGAACAUUUCUCCUUGCAACCUGAUCUCUUCUUUACCAUCACUGGAAGUCUUAGAUUUGUCAAACAACCUCUUAACCGACAAUGGAUUUUGGUGGUCUGGAUGUUCCUACACUAAUGUCUUUCCAGCUUUAAGGAAGCUUUAUUUGAGAAAAAAUAAAUUCUCAGACCUUGCUUUUAUCUCUGAAAAGACCCAUCAGAUGAAAGCUCUAGAAGAACUUGAUCUCAGUUUUAAUUCCCUUAAACUUGAUGGACAAUGUUCCUGGCCUUUCCAUCUGACUACCCUCAUUUUAAGUAAUAAUGACUUAGGUGACACUGUUUUUAAUUACCUUUCCCCUCACUUCAGAAGCCUCAGUCUUUCUAAGACAGGUAUUACAACUUUACAACCUGAAGUAUUGUCCAAGUUUCCCAACUUAACACAUCUCUUCUUGAGCUCCAACACCAUAAGUGUUCUCCAGCCACAUCUUGGAGCUCCCAAGUUGGAGGUGCUGCAUGUGGAUCAAAAUGAUAUUAAUUUGGUCAGUGAACAAUUAGCAAGAAGACUGCAAAGAUUAAAACAAUUUAAAGCAGGGAAUAAUCCAUUUAUCUGCAGCUGUGACUCAUACUGGUUCAUGACGUUUUUUAAUAAAUCUCUUCUCUCUGGCUGGCCAUCUGACUAUUAUUGUAACUCCCCAGCCGAAAUGAUUGGAAAGUUAUUAGAACAGUAUCAACCAAGCAAGAUAACGUGUGAGGUGUGGCUCCAAGUUGUCAUAGCAGUGCUUGUAGUCCUCAUCGUCACUGGAGUCUUGAGCUUUACUUUCUAUGUUUGUGAUGGAGCCUGGUACCUAAAGAUGUUGUGGGUAUGGAUGAAAGUGAAACGCAGAGGCUACAGGGAAGAAAAAAGACUGGUCAAGUCAUCUUUCAAGUACCAUGCCUUCAUCUCCUACAGUCAGAAUGAUUACAGCUGGGUGGACAGCCAGCUAGUGCCCAAUCUCGAAAACGCAGGCUUCAGACUUUGCAUUCAUGAGCGGGACUUUGUGCCAGGGGACUGGAUUAUAGAUAAUAUCAUUAACUGUGUAGAGGGUAGCUACAAGACACUGUUUGUGCUCUCUCAGAAUUUUGUACAGAGUGAGUGGUGUAAUUACGAGCUCUUCUUUGCCCAGCAUCGAGCCCUAAGUAUCCAACAGGACUCCCUGGUCUUCAUUCUACUGGAGCCCAUUCCUGCAGACUCCCUUCCAAGGAAGUUUCUGAAGCUCAGGGCUCUGCUCAGAAAGCAGACCUACCUGGAGUGGCCUAAAGAAGUGAGGAAACAGACGUUUUUCUGGGCCAGCCUGAAGGGAAUGCUGCAAACAGCUGAUGCACAGAUGGUAAUGAAACAGGUAGCAAGGGAAAUAGCAGAAUCAUUUCCACUCUUGACAGACACAGAUUAACUUUUUUAGCAGCUACAUUUCUAAACCACAUUGUUUUAUUUUUGGGGCUUCUUUAUGUGAUUGGUUUGGAAUUUAGAUGGUUGAAUGAGAUGAGAAAUGAGAAAUAAGAAUAUCACUCUCUUUUUAUCUUUUUUAUGCUCAUAUAACAGUUGAAAUAUUCAGCUGAUGGGUGGAAAAUAUGAAGGAAAUUUCCAUAGCAUUGUUAUGAUUCCUAUUUUAAAUGACUGCCUAAUUAAAAUGUGUUUUAUAUUCACAAUUCCCUCAAGCCUUGUUUUGUAGGGCUUGUGUCUUGAUUCUUCUGUAAUGGGAUUGCUUAUAAAAAUGGUGGAGAGGUAUGGAAACAAGACAAACAUUUUAAGUAGCUUUUUAAUGUUAGUCAAAGAGCCUGCAAGUUUUAAAACAGCAGCAGGGCAUGAUUCACAGAUGGAUUAGAAAUAAAUUAUAUUUUUAUCCUGAAUAUUAAAAUAGAAAAUAUAUUUUACUUAUUAA